AUGAGGUUCGCGGUUCUCUCCACCCUCGUUCUCGCUGCGACGGCCUUGGCUGGCCCGUUAAACGCCCGCGCGGAGUCUAGCUCCAGCUCGUCCGUAUCAUCAUCAUCGUCGACUGCCGCAUCUUCGAAGAACACUGGUACCGCCAACAACAACAACUCGAAUAAGAACCAGAAUUCGAAUAACAACAACAAGAACACCGGCAACAACAACAACCAAUCGAAGAACACCAACAACAAGAACAACAACGGCAAUAUCGACUGCGCGAAGGUCAAUGGGAAGACGCUGAGCAACACCAUCGACCGCGCACAGAAGGAGUUGGCACGCAUUAACGCAUUCAACGGCAUCAAAGACGCGAAGCCCAUCUUCGAGGCGCAGUUGUCGCUCCUCGACGCGCUCAAGGCCGGCAGCGCACAAGCGGGCAACCAACAACAGCUCGCGGCCAACAACGACGCGCUGACCAAGUCGCUCGACGACGCGAAGAAACUGGUUGGCCAAAUCCAGGUUGACGACUCCAUCUUGAAUAAAAACAAGAACAACAACCAGAAUAAGCAGAACCAGAACCAGAAUAAGAACGCCGCCGACAAGGCCGCUGCUGACAAGAAAGCUGCUGACGAGAAGGCCGCUGCCGACAAGAAGGCCGCCGACGAUAAGAAAGCGGCUGACGAGAAGAAGGCGGCCGACAACAAGGCUGGCGCUGCCAACAACAACGCUGGUGCCAACAAGGCUGCCGACGACAAAGCGGCUGCCGACAAGAAGGCGGCAGAUGACAAGAAGGCGGCUGACGACAAGGCGGCGGGCGACAAGAAGGAGGCCCGCGCCGAGAACGACAGCACGACCGGCACCGCCGACAAGACCGGCACCGCCGACAAUAGCAGCAAGACCGGCACUGCCAACAGCAACAAAAACGGCGCCGCCAACGCCCAGAAGAACGGCAACAACCAGAACAAGAAUGGCAAUAACCAGAACAAGAAUGCCCAGAAGAAGAACACUAACAACAACAAGAACGCCAACAACCAGCAGAAGAAGGCGGAGAAACAGUUGAAGGUCAACGAGGGCCGCAUCAAGAAAGCGCAGGGUCUUGUUGAUGCCGCUGCGGCCAUCCAGCAGUGCCUGCUCAAGGGCAACGACGGGCAGAACAACAACCAGAACCAGAACAACAACAACCAGAACAAAAAUGGCAACAACAACGACCAGAACGCUGCUGACAAAGCCGCUGCCGACAAGAAGGCCGCUGACGAGAAGGCCGCCGCCGACAAGAAGGCUGCUGAUGACAAGAAGGCCGCCGACGAGAAGAAGGCCGCCGACGAGGAGAAGGCCGCCGACGCCAACAAGGGCCAGAACAACGCAGCGAACAACGGCAAUGCAGCGAACAACGGCCAGAACAAGGACACGGCCACCUCCACGAACUCCAGCGCGGACUCAAAGGAGACCGCCAACAAGGCCGGCGCCAACAACGAGAACAAAGUCACCGUCAUUCCCUUCCCCCGCCGGAGGGGUCUGAGCCGUCUCAGCGAGCUCGAGUACUGA